CAGAGCGUCGAGGCUACAGGCCGCCGGUGAUGAGGGCUCCGGUAAACGUCACAUACAGUACUGAAGGAGGCAUCGCUCGGAGCGCGCUGGCGUUCGGCGGAGUCUGCGAUAAACAAACUCCAGGAGAUCUCCAGGUAAAAAAGUGUAUACGUCCGACGCAUCUCUCUCUCGCCGCAGCCACGAUCGCGAGGAGUCGCGCUGUCGACAACGGCCGAGCGGCGCCGGGUAGGAAACGGGAACGUGCGAGCCGCCUGCGAGAGCAGCCCGUGUCAAGCGACGCCGCGGAGAUGGGCAGCACGGACAAGGCCGUGAUCACGGGGUUCAUAUGCAGGCUCUGCAGUAAGAUGAACCGCUUCGUGAUCCACAUAUACGGAGAAGAGGGCGAAAGGAUGAAGCUCGCCGAGAAGAUAAACACCUAUCUGCCGAUCACGGUAAAUAUGAAUGACCCGCUGCCAAAGACUGCGUGUUUGCAUUGCAUCGAGCGAUUAGAGGCGCAUCACGAGCUAAUGGAACAAAUAAUGUUCACCAGGCGGAGAUUGAACACCGACAAUAAGACGACCGCAGUGGCAUCCUCUUCCGCGACAACCGUAGACACAGCUCCGACAUCUAGCCCGCCUCCCUGUUGACAUGUGCAAUGGAAAACUAAUGUAUACUCUCGCUCAACGCGCUGUUCGCCAAGCUCGAAUGAUUUCUAUAUAAUUUUUCAUUUCAUUUGAACCGGUAGUCAACGAGUGAGAGACGUGUAAAGAGAAGGACAGAGGGUGAAGUAAAAUAAUGUGACGUUACACCUGCGUAACACGAUAUUUUUUGCAUGUUUUAUGUUACUUGUCACAGACAAGUAUUUUUUUUUCAUGGUAUUAGAAACGUUCAAUGCCGAUGUCCAUUACUUCCGUGGGAACAAAAUGUCAAAAGUAUGGAGAAAGACUCAACGAGAUUAAACUAUAUUACAUAUGACAGCAUUGAUUGUCAAUUUGUACAAGAAAUUUUAUGAGGUUACAUUGAGUUUUUUUCCUUGCUGAUCUGUGACUAUGGAUGAGCGAAACUAAUCUGCAAGAAAGUAACACUUUAAAUGUAAAAUGUUCUGGGCAAGCGCAAUAAUGUUGAAAUAAUUGAAGAGAAAUGCACACACAUGUAUGUAUAAUAUGUACACGCACAUGUGUGCAUAUAUAUUCGCAUUACAGAGAUGUAUGAGACAGCAGGCAGUAUCCAAAGUACACUCGUGUAGUUUCAGUGUUCAAUGCGUUUUGCACAAUGGAAUGUACCUCCACGAACAUCCACUCAAUCUCUUAAAUAUGAAACUGAUAAAGUUACAAAGUGAACGUCCACUCGACCUCUUAGACAUGAAACUGAAGUUGUAAACUAAUUAAAUGUAAAUCAUAAAUUUUGAUACAAAAGAGUAUUAUCUGCAUUACAUAAAAAUGGGGAAAAAACGAUGAAUGUGCAAUUUACGGUCAAAUCAUCAUGAACGAUAUAUGGCAGGUAGUGGUUGUAGAAUAUAGAAGACAUUAUCUAAAUUAAUUUGUAAACUCUAAAUUUUUCUAAACUUACGUAUGUUAUUUUCGAGAUAUUGUAUGUUUGCUCCAAUUGGGUAACAUUUCUUUAUUUAUAAUCUUGCUCUGCUACUCUGGGUACUCGAUAGCUCAUACGUCUCUUAUGUCCAUUUCCACCAAUGUAGAUUUGAUCUCGGUUUAAUUCACAUUUUACCCUUUUCUAUAGUUUCAGUAAUUGGAGAAAGAGAAAACUUUCAGGUUAAACUGAGAUUAAAGUUAAUUGCUUUGGCAGAAAUGGGCAUCAGGGCCAGUUUUACAAACGUCGGUUGACUGUCAACCAAAGUUCAGUCGACUCCCUAUUUUUUCUGUUUUAUUAUCUAAGAAGACAUAGAGAAUCAAUUAACCUUCGGUUAGCAGUUAACCGUUGUUUGUUAAACUGACCCUUUGUCAUACAUACAUUAUAUAUUAUUUCACGAAUCUUACAAUGUUUUUUUCCUUAAAAACAUUUUAUAAGAUUCUUUAACGAGAUACUGUUGUAUCUUUAAUGUAUCAAUUCUACUGAUGUACAAAGAUAUAUAUUAUACUCCUGGAAAACAAUCUUUAUGCGAUACCAUAUUGUAUAAUGUAGAAAUUUCUUAGCCAUAGAAAAUUAGGGCAUGCAAAAUUAAGAUACGGAAACUUACACUUGUAUUGCAUACGAAGAAAUAAGUCGAGAGAGAGAGAGAGAGAGUAUUUUUAGUUAUUGAUUUUCACAAUGAAAUUUUCUGUUAUUCGCUACAUUGAUAUACAGAACAAGUGAUAAAAGAGAUAUUGUAUAUUAUGUAUUAUGUCUGUCAUUAAUGGUGCAUUAUAUUACUUAGUUGCGUUUAUAAUUGAAAAAGUUGUCUUAUCAUUCUAGUAAGUGCAAAGUACCAUAACAUUUAAAUAUUUGUAUAAUGAUUAUCAUAUUGUAUUAACAAGUAGUUUGCAUAAGUUUUACAUCUUAAUGUAUUCAUCUUUGUUUCCAAGCUAUAAUAUAAUAAAUAAUAUGUAUAACAGAUUUUAAAUAUAACCUGUAACGUUAUUUCCAUUUUUAUUUUACCUUCCGAUAUGUUUCAAUAUAUGACUUGUGUAAAUAAAAGUGCAGGAAUAAGAAGAACUAAUAUGAUACGAGA